CCAUGGCUAUGCAGCCCUCGAGCAGCGCAGUGCGAGCUCUGUCUCUGGAGUACAAGAGCCUCCAGGAUGAGCCCGUCGAAGGAUUCUGCGUCAAACUCCUGAACGAGGACAACCUCUUCGAGUGGGAGGUGGCCAUCUUCGGCCCCCCCGACACCCUCUAUCAAGGAGGAUAUUUUAAGGCACACGUGAAAUUUCCGCCCGACUACCCGUACUCGCCGCCGUCGGUGCGGUUCCUGACCAAAGUGUGGCACCCCAACGUGUACGAGAAUGGCGACCUGUGCAUCUCCAUCCUCCACCCGCCCGUGGACGACCCUCAGAGCGGGGAGCUGCCGUGUGAGCGCUGGAACCCCACGCAGAAUGUGCGCACAGUUUUGCUGUCGGUGAUCUCCUUGCUAAAUGAACCCAACACAUAUUCUCCUGCCAACGUUGAUGCCUCAGUUAUGUAUCGCCGCUGGAGGGAUUCUAAGGGCAAGGACAAGGAAUAUGAAAAUAUAAUCAGGAAACAAGUGACUUCAUCGCGCAGUGAGGCUGAGCGUGACGGCGUAGUAGUUCCACUGACUCUAGAAGAUUACUGUAUCAAGACCAAGGUCAAGCCUGAUACAGAACCCGUAGAUAUGGCGGACUUCUAUGACGACGACUAUGAUAUUGACGAUGACGAUGAUGAUGAUGAGGAGCUUUCAGAUAAUGAUAUCGAUGAUGGAGAUGACAGCGGUAAUGGAGAAUCGUGAUAGGCUCGUAGGCUGAAUAUGGUGGAAGUUGUAGUUGAAGGCCCGAAUGCUUAAACAUCCCCAGGGGAAUAGACUUAAAAAAACAAAUAAAAAUGAAAAAAAAAAAAAAAAGCAAACUUUUCCCCCCAUCUCAUUUUAACUUCUCUUACAUCUGUCAAAGAAAAGGCAAAUUGAGCUUUGUAUGAAAUAAGAGUAAAUAAAAAAAAGGAUAGUUAAUAAUGUUCUUACCGAUUUGGGUAUUCCACCCUGCAUUGAGUCUCCAACCAUGCUUUAAGGAUUCGGGCAGAAGAGAAGUCAGGUCUGAGGUAGUGAGACCACGAGCUCCCCCACACAUCACCGCCACUGUCAACUUGCCCCUAAUAUAUAUAUUUUUUUCCAUAUUUUUUUUCUUUUUCUUUUUUUUUUAUUUAUUUCAUAAUCCUUCACCACAUUAUUAGCAUGCCAUUCUAGAAAGGAUAUACAUGGUUAUGUGGAGUUUAAUUUCAUCUUGGCCACAUUGUGUAUCCGUGACGAAAUGCUAAGCCCACACGUACAGUGAGCUUGAUCCUUAUUAGAAUACGGUGGAGACAUCUGUUGUUUCUGCUUUGAUUGCUGGCUUGAUUGUUCUUGUGUCAAGCCAGCACACGUUGCAAACAUGAAUGAAAUGUAUGAGGGCAUACGUCACCAUGCUAGGAUUUGCUGACUGAUGUACAUGUGUGUGUGUGUGUAAUACAUGUAAGAGAAAGCAAGAGAGAGAGUGUGUCUGUAUGUAGGCAUUGCUUGUGUGCAAGUGUUCAAGUGUAGAUAUGCUGAGAUGUGUGUGUAUAUUGUCUGGGAAAGAAUAAAUGCCAUUAAUAAGAAAAUUGUAAUUUCAUGUGAAUAUACAGAAAAUAGCACUGAUUGUCUUAUUUUAUUAUUAUUUUUUCUUAUGUCAUUAAUUUAUUUGAGAGGACAUGUGCUGGGAGAUAAUUUUAAUAGAAAAUUACUCAUUUAAGUCUUUCUUAUUUACUGGCCUCAAGGGUCCCCAACAUGCAAAGCAUAUUAUAUAGACUCUAGGUUUUUUUUUCUAUCUUUCAUUCUUUAAUUGUAUUCUAUGUGAUGACAUUUAUUAAUCUGAUCUUACUGGCAGUGUACCAUUUAACACAAAAUGCCUAAGCCUGUCUGCCUCAACAUUAAUUAUGUUCAUCCAUUUUUUUUUCAGUAGGAAUCAGAGAUCAGGUGGUUCAGUUGAUCAGAAGGUAUUAUUGAAAAAAAAAGCAACAAAAAACUCAGCCUUACAGAUUUUGUGCCUGGAUGACAAGCAAAGUGUAUACUGAGUAUUGCCGUUGGCAGCUGUAUGAGAGACACAGGUAUUCAUAUGCAGUACACAACAUUCAGAACAAACACACAUUAUAUAAAUAUAUGAAUAGAUAUAUGUAUGUGUAUAUGGGUAUAUGUAUAUGUUUGUCCCCUUGGCAUCAGGUGCUCACUAUACAAGUUAUGGUUACUUCGAUGUUCUUACCUGGCAGAAAGGUUGCAUUCCCUUGAUGCAAGGUGCAGAUGCUGAGAUCUCCAAGAGAUUUCUCAAGAGUACUCAAUGACAAGGAGUUAUAAAUUUGUAUAUAAUGUAUAUGUAUACGUUUAUGUACAUGUUUAUGUAUAUGUAUACAUAUAUGUGUGUACACAUACAUACAUAAAUACAUAUUGAUAGGUAGAUAUUAAAUGUAUCUAUUUAAAAGAUCACACAGGUUCUCAAAAUUUAUACAGACACAUGAAUCAUAAAACAAUAUGAGCAUGCGUGUAUAUGUAUUUGUUUUACAUGUACACACAUGUUUUUACAUACAGUAAUACUGAUAAGGUGAAGUGGUUGGACUCUGUACAAUAAGGCAAUACUUUUAGGUGAACAAUAUUUCAUGUCAUCAUUUAGUUUAAAUGUUGUGUUUGUGAGAAGAGAGGGAAUAUACAGGUUUAGGUUCCCAAUUGGACAUUUGGUGAUUAAAUUGAGGAAAUGCAUUAUUAAAGAUGUUUAAAAGUAUUCAUUAUUUUGAGUUGUAUUUUGUAAACAAAUAUUCAGAUCAUACCUAAUCUGUGUGGAAGCUGCAGCUGCCUCACUUCUUCUCACAAGUGUUUAUUCCAUCCAGACUGAGGGAUAUACUUUUUCAGCAUGUACAAUUAAUAUGAAAAAAAUCAAUAAAAAUCUUGUAGAUAUAAAUAAAACAAUGUUUCUCUUCCUAUGAUUUUCUUUUUUUUUUUUCUUUCUUUUUUUUUUCUUUUUUUUUCUUUCUUUUUUUAUAGAGAUAGUAACUUCUUUUGAUAUCACUUUUUUCUGCAAAAUGCCACUCUAAAAUGCAGUAUAUAUAUAAUCUCAUGGAAUAUGACUUUGACUAUUUGAAUUUGUUUUUAAGCCACCAAGAAGAUGAGGUAGAAGACUUAACUGCCUUAAGGGUUCAUUGUACAUAAUUCAUUGUCAUAUUUAUAAUCACCAUUUUCUGUGGAUUAAUUCUAGGAGGUGUGUUACCAAAAUGGAAGAAAAAAAGGAAAAAAUAGUAAAUUUCCCUAUUAUGCAGUCGUGAAAAGUGCCAGUGUUAUAUUGAAGAGUUGUCUUGGCUGUUUCUCGCGUGUCAAGGUGAAUAUUUUGACGAAUUGAAGGAGCACCUGCUUACUGGUCCCUCCAUGAAGCACCUUUUGUACAUUAUAUUUGCUCACUUUUCUUAGGUCUAUAAUUUCUGUAUGCCUUUUUUUCCUUCUUUGUAUUAUAGCUUCACUAGUUUGUUUGUUUUUUAUAAGAAAAAUAAAUGAAAUGGGAAGAAUGCCGGAGUUCCUGAUAAGUGUACUUUUUUCGGAUUAUGAUUAUGUAGCCGUUUCUGAAUUCCUUGUAUUUUUGUAUUGUCUAUGAUGAAGGUAUUCAUGGAAUGCACUUUUCAAGAAAAUAAGAAAAAGUCACAUGUUAAUGUGUACUCCAAGCUUUUCAGCAACAGUUCAGGUAUUUAAUUUGUAGCACAGAUCAGAUUAGUUGUUUUAUGAAUGCUGGUAUGCGUUCUGGAAACCACAUUUGUAACUAAUACUGCUCAUAAUUUUUUGUUUGUCAUACAGUAAAGGACCUGGCAACAGACUGCUGCACUUUUGUAUGGUGACUUGUAAGGACUGCAGGCUUCAUUUAGUGGAAUAAAGAAAUUGUUACAAAAUGAAA